AUGAGCAACUUUGCUUCGGCAAUCAAAGGGGGUUCUCAAAAAAAGGAAUGUGGAUCAAGUGACGUGUAUGUUUUAACAAAAGAUGGUGGUAAUUGGGAAGUUGCGUGGUCUACUUGGACGUCAGGUAGCAAUUGUGAUACGACUGCUAGCUGGCAAGAAAUUGGCUGGGUUUUGAAAAAUGCUGUCAAUGAUGAAGAAUAUAACCGUAAAAUGGCCUUUUGCGUCAGAUUAGAUCAUGGAGGUACAUGGCAUGCAGAUGUUAGGGUCCAGAGAUCAUGGAAUCGUCCUUACGGAAACAUAUGGGAUAUGCCAUGUGGCGACUUACAACAAGCUUAUACAGUGACCAAUGAAUGUGCCGUUGACAGAGCCACUGAUUUUUAG